UCUUGAUUUGAUUUCUAAUUACAGCCCUCGCUGUGCUCAACUUUCCCUUCCCUUGGUGGAAUCGCGACAAUGCGCCAAGCUACUACUUUCCUUUUGAACACGAACUCAGGUUAUGUGCGCCUGCGUUCGAUCAACCCGUCUCUCCCGCGGCAUGCGCGCAUCCCGGGUUCUUUUCGCUCCUUCUCGGUUGACCCCUACUCGACUUCAUCAUCUCAUGGCAUCUCAUCCCCUUCGAACCGAUCCUCUUCCCCUGGUGUCAUAACCUCGCAGUCCACCUCUACUGACCGUGGACUCCUGCUGCCCUCGUCUUCAGCCUCCUUCUCUACCUCCUCACAGCGGUCGGAUCCCGGCGACUGGGAUGCGAAUCCGGACCUAUCAAUCUCGGCAUUUUCGGAGCUACCUUCGAAAGACUUCGGUGUCAACCAGCAUAUGGUAAUCAACCAGGAGUUCAAAGAAGCCUUGCGUCAGAUUCUUUGGCAGUUCCGAGCCCCAAUUCGAUAUGCGUUUGCCUAUGGAUCCGGUGUCUUCCAACAGACAGGCAGUGCGCCUGGCUCCAGCCAAUGCCACCCGUCGGCCCCAGCAGCCAUCAAGAACAUGCAACAGGGGCAAGGGAAAAUGAUUGACUUUAUUUUUGGAGUAUCAUACUCCCAACAUUGGCACUCCUUGAAUCUGAGCCAGCACCGAGACCAUUACUCUGGCCUGGGCUCCUUGGGCUCUUAUAUGGUAUCCCAAGUGCAGGAUCGUAUUGGCGCCGGCGUUUACUUCAACCCUUACAUAACCGUCAAUGGCACACUGAUCAAAUAUGGGGUCGUGAACCUUGAUACACUAUGCCGGGAUCUCAGCCAAUGGGAUACCUUGUAUCUUGCUGGACGGCUGCAAAAGCCGGUCAAGAUCUUGCGUGACCACCCGAAGGUGCGGCUGGCGAAUCAAAUGAAUUUGCUAUCCGCCGUCCGAGUAGCUCUACUGCUUCUUCCGGCUGAGUUUACCGAGUUUCAACUGUACAGUACCAUUGCAAGCAUGAGCUACAUGGGGGAUCUGCGCAUGGCACUGCCAGCGGAAGAUCCCCGCAAGGUGAACAACAUCGUGUCGUCACAGAUGGCUAACUUCCGGCGACUAUACGCGCCCCUAAUCGAGAACUUGCCCAAUGUCACGUUCAACGACAAGCGUUGCACGGAGGGCGAUUGGAUCGACGAUCCCGAAGCCAACGUGCGCCUCACUCAGGACAUGGAUCCGGUCAAGCGUGGUAACAUGGUUCGCCGUCUGCCCGACUCCUUCCGUGAGAAGCUCUACUUCCAGUACCAGACCCGUUAUCAAAUCCCUCGGGUCGAGUUCGACCAGAUGAUGAAGGAGAGCAACAACAACGACUCCGACUUAGUGCGUCGGAGGCAAGGAGGUCCAUUCGAACAGCGGAUCGCCGAUGACAAGAACCUCACGAAAGAAGUACAGACUACCAUUGCAAAGACCAUCCGCUGGCCCAGUACGGUGCAAUCGGCGAAGGGUCUCCUGACCUCGGGAGUCAGCCGAACCUGGCGAUACUUGCGCGAGAAGCAAGAUAAAUACAAGAAGUCUGGCAAAAAGGCCAAGACUUCCGAUGCAGCUGAAGAAUAGAAACUUAUGACUAAAGCAUGAUUGCCCGCUCGAUCCUGAAGGGACAUGGGCAACCCUAGAUGACAUUUGUCUGAAGGCAUUUGAGGCGUUGUUGCUUGUACGGCAUUGGUAGUCAUGUGUGUAUCUAGUAUAUCAUCUUGAGAGUCCUAAAUGAUCCAAAAACCAAGGACUGCCGACAGUAUAUAGAAGGCCUGGAGCAUUACAUAAGAGAAUAAGAUAGAUAGAUGAAUAACAAACUGUACAAUAGUGGGAUUAAGACUUGUCCGUUUUAUCUUAAUUUUAUACU